AUGAUAUCGCCUGGCGAUCCACUAUGGAAGUUUUGUGGAUUUGCCAAUGGAAGUUCAUUUCAUUUCAAGUAUAUAAUUGACGAAGAUAAAAAAACGUUCACACCAUGCGCGGAGUUCGGAGCUGUUGUAGGGCAAUCCAUACCUUUGCUCUUCUGCAUAGCAUAUAGCUUUGCCUUUGUUUCAGUGAGUUCUUUGGAUGCUUUCGCAAAAACAAUAGCUGUUAAGAAAACGUUUGAACGCUACUCCACUACAGAUAUACGGAACAUAUUCAUAAUUCGAGCGAUCAUAUGUCUGCUAUGUUCUGCUUCAAUGUUGAUAUCCCUUUUCUAUUCGCUGCUCACUCCACAUCAUAUCAAGACGAUCCAACUGAUCGAGUAUGGAUUUGUUUCAAUAGUUUGGUUCAUGUUCUCCAUUCUGUGGAUGUAUUCUGCGAAAUAUAAAAGUUGGACUCGAUCAACACUUUUACAUAUCUCAACGUUCUUUGGAUCCAAAGUUUUCCAUGAGAUUCUAGUCAAUCGUUGGAUAUUUUUUGGCUUUUGGGAUCCCCGAACCCAACUCAUACUUAUGGUCUGUAUACUUCACGCGGUUUUCACAGCUGUUAACAUUAUCGAGUUUAUCAAACACAGACGUGCAAACACACAUCAACCAUUAGAUGAUUAUGUCCACCUGAGCGAAGGUGCUGAUGAAGAUGCGGGUCUUUUCUCGAAAAUUUUCUUCUGCUGGACGAAUGAUUUGAUAAAGAAAGGAGCAAGAAAACAAUUGAACUCUAUCCAUGAUAUUUUCAAUCUUCCUCCUUCCUUACAAGUUGCUACAGUGGAGUAUGAAAUGGUGGAAAACUCUCCAACUUUGUAUUCAGACGGGCAACCCUACUCUCUGAAGAUGUCUCUUUAUCACACAUUUGGACUUCAGUUCUUUUUGUUAGGAAUAUUACGAAUUGCUUCCGAUAUCUUCACUUUUGGUGGUCCUAUUCUAUUGCAUCUAUUAGUAGUUGCAUUGGAAAGCUCUGAUUCAUAUAAAGAAUGCUUCUUGUUUGCGGGUCUGAUGGUCUUAACCUCGUUCUUGGCUGCAAUAACAUCCAAUAAUUUCAACUACUACAUUCAAAAAAUAUGCUUGAAAGUCCGAGCUGCUACUGUUACCUCCAUUUACGAUCGUUUACUACGAGUCCCCAUGUUCGAAGUAUCCAAGUUCUCUUCAGGGAAAAUAAUAAAUUUUGUCUCAACUGAUGUAGACAGGAUUGUCAACUUCUUCAACUCAUUCCAUUCGUUUUGGAGUUUGCCUGUUCAAAUGUGCGUGGCUUUGUAUUUGUUGUAUAAAGAGAUCGGAAUGGCUUUCCUUUCUGGAGUGGUGUCUGCCAUAAUACUUGUUCCCAUUAAUAAAUGUAUCACGAAUAAAAUUGGAGAGAUGUCUGAAAAGCUUAUGCACGCAAAGGAUCAAAGAAUCAAGUUGACGUCGGAAAUGGUAGAAGGUAUUCGAAUUGUAAAAAUGUCUUCCUGGGAGCAUCAAUUCGAAAAAAAAAUAGCAAAGUUGAGGAAACGCGAGUUGUACUAUCUGAAAAUCAGAAAGUAUUUGGAUGCUCUUUGUGUGUAUUUGUGGGCAUCUGCUCCCCUGCUCAUUACGGUUUCUAUCUUGUCAACAUACACUUUGGUUCUUCAUGAGAAACUUACAGCAGCUAAAGUAUUCACUGCACUUGCUCUAGUAAACAUACUUAUUAUGCCGUUAAACGCUUUCCCUUGGGUUAUCAAUGGCCUUGUAGAAGCUGUCGUCUCAUUGAAACGAUUGGAAUGGUUUUUCAAGUUGAACGUUGUCGAUUUCUGGAACAUCUAUUCUGUUAAUCGAGAAAGGAACAGCCUACUUUCCGUGAAGUCUGGUGGUUUCGCUUGGGGGCCCACUAGCUUCAGCGUCAAGAACAUUAAUUUCGAUGGAAAUAAAGGCUCUAUAAUUGGAAUAUCUGGUGAUCUAGGGAGUGGAAAAUCUACGCUCCUUCAUGGUCUUCUAGGAGAAACUAUCAGCAAUUGUGAUUACGUUCGCAUUUCACAGGCUCUGGUUAAUGAAGGUUUUGGUUAUCUUGGUCAAGAAAGAUGGUUGUGCAGAGGAACUGUGAAAGAUAAUAUUCUAGCUGGUAAACCUUUCGAUGAAAAAUGGUAUAAAACCGUUCUGGAGAUAACGUGUCUCCAGCACGAUAUCAUGCUUAUGCCGGGGGGUGAUUCGUAUGAAAUUUCUGACAAUGGAUCAACUUUAAGCGGAGGUCAAAGAACUAGAGUAGCAUUAGCUCGUACUUUCUAUCAGGAUAACUCCGUGAUUUUGCUGGAUGAACCAUUUGCUUCACUUGAUCGAAAGGUCGCAGACACCAUAUGGUUAAAGGCUUUCGAGAUGCUGAGAGAGAAGGGUAAGCUCAUAAUCGUUGCAACUCAUGAUCUCUCCCUUCUUUCGAAGGCUAACGAAGUAUUGGUGAUUAAUAAAGAGGGCUAUGUAAUUAAAAAAGGAAGCCCAAGUGAAGUGUUGCCGGAUCAUGAAAAAGUUUUUCUUUCCGAUAACUUUGAGACUGUAGAAACUGAAAUUGGUCUUGAACGAGUCUUGCAGCAAGAUGAAGAGAAACAAUCUGGAACAGUCAAAGCUAAUAUUUAUGGAGCUUAUGCCUAUGCAACAGGCCCCAUAUUAUCUGUGCUCGUACUUAUCUCAUUGUCUUUCAUGCAGAUUUCCAAAAAUGGAGCAGAUUGGUGGCUGAGCAGAUGGACAGAAAACCAAUCAAACCUUACGGAACCCGCUACAAUGGAGCAACUAUUACUGAAAAAGAGAGAACCCACAUACUUGGAAGGUUCAGAUUGGGAUAGAUCGUUAUAUUUCCUUAUGAUAUAUUGUAUAAUUGCCGCAGGAAACACAUUUUUCACUUUAAUUAGAGCUUACUUGUUUGCUCAUGGUGGAAUUGUGGCUGCUAAAACGUUACACAAGAAUCUCCUUCACAAACUCUUGCAGACUUCAACUGCUUGGUGGGAUCGCACACCUGCAGGACGUGUGAUCAACCGUUUGUGCGCCGAUGUUUACACCGUAGAUGACAAUCUUCCAUUCCAGUUCAAUAUUUUAUUGGCUUCUCUAUUCAAUUUAAUUGGAGCUUUAACAAUUUCACUAAUGGGCCUUCCCUUCCUAUCUGUUCUGUUGAUCAUAUUAUUCUUCAUCUAUUUCUUUAUACAGAAAUAUUACCGACUCACAACUGUCGAACUGAAACGUUUAUCUUCUCUAAGCUUGUCUCCAUUCUAUUCUCACCUAAAUGAUACAGUGAAUGGACUUGUCACAAUAAGAGCACAAAGACUGAGCGAAAGAUUCACGCAUCUAAUGCGAGCUCAUUUGACUACUAACAUUCGUGCCCAAUUUUCUUCAUUAGCCGCAAGUCAAUGGCUUGCUAUUCGUCUGUCUCUUAUAGCGGUGGCUGUAGUGGCUGGAAUUUCCGUUGCAGCUAUUCUUCAACAUAAAAUUACCAAUGUGGAUUCAGGACUUGUUGGCCUAGCCAUUACAUACGCCUUAUCCAUGACAAGUUUACUGAAUGGUCUUCUGGGAUCAUUCAUAGAAACUGAGAAAGAAAUGGUAUCAGUCGAGAGAAUUCAAGAAUACAUUGAUGAACUUCCUGUUGAGAAAGAUGGUGAAGAUGCAAAAAGGGUUGGAAAUAUCUUGGGUCGAAUAAGUUUUAACUCUGUUUCUCUACGAUAUGACCGCGGGUCUCCACUAGCUCUCGACAACUUCUCAUUGAAAAUUGAACCUGGCGAGAAGGUGGCAAUCUGCGGAAGAACGGGUAGCGGGAAAAGUACCAUUUUCCAGACUCUCUUGAGAACUGUAAAAUAUGAGUCAGGUCAUGUUCUCAUUGAUGAUCAUGAUAUAAAUAAUGUUCCCUUCUCACAACUCCGCUCUAUAAUCGCCAUUGUUCCUCAACAUCCCUUCAUAUUUAGUGGAACUCUAUUCGAAAACUUAACUGUAGGCUGUCCAGAAAUUGAGAGAAGUCGAGUAACGAGGAUACUAAUGAGUGAAUCUCCUUUGGAUGCUCUGUUGCAUCGUACUGGGGGCUUGGAUGGAAUGAUUGAAGAAGGAGGAAAAAACCUAUCUUUUGGAGAGAAACAAGUCAUUUCUAUUUGUCGGUUACUCUUAGCAGAACCAAAGAUAGUUCUCAUCGACGAAGCUACAUCUCAUUUAGAUGCUUCUGCACAUCAGCUGAUGAUAUCAUCCAUUUGGGAUCAUUUCCCACUUACCACGGUUAUAAGUAUUGUACAUAACACGAGCAAUCUUGGAAUAUAUGACAAAGUUGUUGAAGUAGAUAGGGGUAUGGUUGUGAAAAUAACGAAAAAAAAUUCUAGGGUUAAUUUAAACAUUAUCAAUGAUUGA